UCCAAAGGAACAGAGAGAGGCACAAGAGAGGGAAAGGCAAAGAGAGCGAGGUGUCUACAGGCUGCAUCUCCACUGAAACAUUUGGAUGGGGGAGACAGAGGAAGAGCUGAAUGGUAGCUACACCCUGCGCCUGGAAGCGUAGAGACACUGUAACAAAGGCUGGCAAUUAUUUUUGUUUUUGGCAAUAACAAAGGUGGGAGAGGGGCUCUGAAAUCGAGGGGAAAUAGCCAAAAGACAGAUUUUUGUUUUUCAGGGGGACUUCUGCUUCAUUUCAUCCGAAAGACUCAUCCCGUGCCAUCAUCAGCAUGACCAUAAGCUCUAAGUAACAUUCGGCAAUAACGCUAUCAAAACAAGAUUUCCAGCAACAGUCGCGCGCAAUCCUAUUUCUGAUUUAUUAUAAUCGUGUGGAGGAAAAAACCCUCCACAAAAAACAGAAAAAAACAAACAAACCCCAAAAACAGAUCAGCUGAAUGCCUGCGAGAAACUGGAUACUCUGUGAAAUCGUAAGAAAGAGCGAUCUAACAAAGAAAACUACAUUUUGAUUGAUCUUUUUAAAGCUUGAUGUGCGUGUUUCUGCGCGCACUCGAAUCGAACCAGAACCAAAAGCAAACUCCUCAGACUCCUCCCUCCUCCUCCUCCCUUCGGUUUCUCUCAUCCUCUCCCUCCCCCCGGUCCUCUAUGCUCAGUUCGGUGUGUGUAUCCUCUUUUAAAGGGCGCAAGGGUGGGAACAAGUCGUCCAACAAAGCAUGUUACAGCGCAGACAUGACUUGUCCGUCGGAAAGCGAGAAAAUCGUGAUAAACUGCGGGGGGGUGCGGCAUGAGACCUACCGGAGCACCCUAAAAACGUUGCCCGGUACCCGCUUGUCGUGGCUCACCGAGCCGGACGCGUUCAGCAACUUCGACUACGACCCCAAAUUAGACGAGUUCUUCUUCGACCGCCACCCGUCGGUGUUUUCCUUCAUCCUCAACUAUUACCGCACCGGGAAGUUGCACUGUCCCAACGAUGUGUGCGGUCCCCUGUUCGAAGAGGAGCUGGCCUUCUGGGGCAUCGAUGAGACGGACGUGGAGGCUUGUUGCUGGAUGAAUUACCGGCAGCAUCGGGAUGCGGAGGAGGCGCUGGAUAGCUUCGAAACUCCAGAACCGGACGCGCCAGACGACGACCCGGCGCUGGGUGGUGCGGAUGGUGACUUGAAAAGACUGUGCAUGCAAGAGGACGCGAGGAAAGCGGGCUGGUGGAAAACCUGGCAACCCAGAAUAUGGGCACUCUUUGAAGACCCCUAUUCCUCCAAAUAUGCCCGGUAUGUGGCUUUUAUCUCCCUAUUCUUCAUCCUCAUCUCCAUAUCCACGUUCUGCAUGGAGACGCACGAGGCCUUCAACACCAUCCUCAACAAGACAGAGAACGUCACAGUGGGCAACAUGACUCGUGAGGAGAUAGUUUAUGAGGUGGUGACUGACAGCUGGUUGACAUAUGUGGAAGGUGUGUGUGUCAUUUGGUUCACCAUUGAGGUCCUGCUUCGAGUCACCUUCUGCCCAGACAAGUUUGAAUUCUUCAAAAGCACCCUCAACAUCAUCGAUUUUGUUGCCAUCCUGCCCUUCUAUCUGGAGGUUGGUCUGAGUGGGCUGUCCUCCAAAGCUGCCAAGGAUGUCCUGGGGUUCCUGCGUGUUGUCCGAUUUGUUCGUAUCCUCCGAAUCUUCAAGCUGACUCGCCACUUCGUAGGUCUCCGUGUCCUUGGCCACACCCUGCGUGCCAGUACCAAUGAAUUCCUCCUGCUCAUCAUCUUCUUAGCUCUUGGUGUCCUCAUCUUUGCCACUAUGAUCUACUAUGCUGAACGAAUUGGUGCAGACCCAGAUGACCCAACAGCCAGUGCCCAUACCAACUUCAAGAACAUCCCCAUUGGAUUUUGGUGGGCCGUUGUGACCAUGACCACGCUGGGUUAUGGAGAUAUGUACCCGGAGACAUGGUCAGGGAUGCUGGUGGGUGCGCUGUGUGCCUUGGCUGGUGUGCUAACCAUUGCUAUGCCUGUACCUGUCAUUGUCAACAACUUCGGCAUGUACUACUCUCUGGCUAUGGCCAAACAAAAGCUUCCCAAAAAGAAGAACAAACAUAUCCCCCGAGCGCCACAACCAGGGUCCCCCAACUACUGCAAGCCAGAUGCCUUGGCGAUGGCUACUGCAUCACCACAAAGAAUCUUGGGAAAUGUCUUAGGAGGAGUGAUGGGGUCUGGAGGAAUAGGAGGUGACUGUCCUCUUGCCCAAGAAGAAAUUAUAGAGAUCAACAGAGAUUCUAAGCAGAAUGGUGACGCAGCCUCAGCCGCCUUGGCUAAUGAGGACUGCCCCACCAUCGACCAGGUGCUGAGCCCGGAUGAGAGGAGUCCUAUUGGGCGAGGCCCCACUCGGGAACGCUACCAGCAGGACAGAGCCUGCUUCCUUCUUAAUACCAGGGAAUUCCGUGCCACAGAUGGGAAUGUGCGGAAAGGUUGUGUCAUAUCACGCGUGUCAACCGGCUACGAAAAAUCUCGCAGUCUUAAUAACAUAUCGGGAAUGACUGGGUCAGCACUGCGACUCGCUCCUAUUACUAGCCCGCCUUUUGAGACCUAUGAGGCUCCAGGACCUCUGCGGCGCUGUCGUUCCCCCAUCCCCUCCAUUUUGUAGCAGAAAUUGUGUUAAUGAUUGGCUGAUAAGAGAUGCAGCAGAUUAGCCAUGGACCAAUUACGUUGAAGCCUCCAUUUGCAUUGUACGCCAUGCAAAUACAAUAGCAAUAACAUACAAUGAACUCGAAUGUAGAAAGAAUGAGAUCUUGUCUUGUGAAUCAAAUGGUUUAUGAAGCAUGUUAGGUGGAGUUAAAUGCAAAAUUUAGCUUUAAAGAUACGUGGUUAUUUAAAUAAUUACAAGUAAUGUAAAACUGAUUGGGACUGCUUAGUGAAUAAAAUAGUGCCAUGCAUCAAGAAGGUAUUAUAAAAAUGUGCUCAGUUACAUUUUCAGAUGAAUAUUUUUGCGCAUUCUGGACCAAACUAACUUAGACUCCUAACACUCAUACAGUGAAAUAAUCAUGGAACAAGAUACAUGAUAUGAACAAAAUUACUGAGCCACAUCUCUUAAUCUUUGAAUUCAGGUGUUUCAGGUGUCCCAUUGCCACAGCUGGAUAAAAUCCUUCACAUUUUUUAAACAAUUUAUAAGACAUUUUACCUCUCUUUCAAGAGACUUUUUCCACUUCUAAAAAAUGUAACUGUUAUACUGUAAUUGGAUGCCACCUUUGCAAUAAGUCAGUCAGUGAAAGGUCUUCUCUCCAAGAUAGUCCAUAAUCAACUGUAAGUUGUUUUGUUGUAAUGUGGUAUUGCGUAUGGUCACAAAGCAGGGCCACACAUAAAGGUCAAUAACCUCCAAAGCUCCUCUGGUAUUAACAUCAAGACAAAAAUGGUCAAGUCAUAGUCAAGCAGCUCCAGUAAGUGUUACAUGUAAGUGGCUUAGUACUUUUGUCCAUAGUGUGUAAUUUGGUUUAGUUAGCCAAAGACAAAGAAAAAUAUAUAGAUAAUAUAAUAAAUAUAUAGCGAGUGAACACAGUGCAGCGUAAGCAAUCCACAAUGAGGAAAAAAACAACUAAUCCUGUGUAAGACUCAAUUAACACUCAAUUCAUUUUGCAUCUUAUUGUGACGCCAUUGGGCACUUUAUGCUGAUAGUUUACACAGCAAAGUUAGGGGAUGUCAACAAAAUCAGAAACAAAUGAAAGUAAUACGUGUUUUAUUGUACCAAAAGAGCUAUCUAAUUCUGAGGCUGAACAUGUCUCUUGAAAAUAAUAGUUCUUAUAUUAUAUUGCUGUUAGGAGCCAAUACUUACGAUCAUUGUCUUGUUGUCUAAUCCUUUGUUAGAUGCUUGCACAUUCACUUGAUCCACUUGCUAUUGUUGUUAUUCUAGAUGUCUCAUAUACAAAGGCCAAUACUCAGUCACAAAGAAAAGUAUUGUUUCAUUAGACACUUUAAAUGAUUUGAGAGAAAAUUGCAUUAAGAAGCUUAUGAUUAACUUAAGAAAAAAAAAGCUUAAAAAUCCGAUUUUAUUGCUUUCCAUAUUUACUUCCCUGUAGAAGAUAAUUUAUUUCCCCAAUAAUUUUAUUGUUCCACUGGAUCAUUUUGCAUUGCGUUGUAAUAUUCCUUCAAAUGCACUGUCACAUAAUCGCCACGUAACAGCAAAAUCUAAACCUUAAAUCUACCCACAUGUCAGCCAAAUCCUUAUACCAGUAAGGCAGACAUCCACAAGGUCUUUUUUUAAGCUUUUUGAUAAGAUAUUAUAGUAAAAGGCAAUAUGUGAGAAAUUUUACCAUUCAAAUAACUAUAUAUAAUUGUUAACUUUGCUUCUGUAUGUGGGACAGCUUAACUCAACACAUGCUAACUGGUUAUUGGCCUUUGGCAAAGGAGCAAAAUCUUCUGUUUUAUGGUAGCAAAUGACUGAGUUGGCCUUUGAAGUAUAAUCAGGACAGUGAUAUAAAUGAAAUAUGCACUUGUAGGUCUAAAACGUUUUAUAGAAAUUUAAAUGCAAAGUAUUUAUAAACAAGAAAAUUAGAACAAAUGUACAAUGUCAGAUAUGGAUUACUACUUAAUUAACUAUACAGUUAAAUCAAAUGCAAGCACUUUACUAACAAUCAUUGUUAAUUUACUCACUCUUGAAGCUUGUGUGUCGGCAUCAGAAACAGAUAAUAUUACAAAACGAGUAUACAAUGAAAACCUUGGACCACCUAAUCAAACUUGCCUCUUCCUUUUUUCUAAAUCUAAUUAAUUUCUUCCUCACCAUUUAUGCUUUGAAGGGUUUUUUGACAUUUUCUUUAAUAAUUUCAAAUAAACCAUCAUGUUUAGGUGGGCUGUCGCUAUAAUUUUACCUUCAGCAAUCUCAAUCAAAAGCAAAAAAAACAACAAAAAAACGAUUUAAAAAUAGUGACACAUUCACGAAUGCAAUAAACAUGCAACAUUACUUUAAUGCUGGAAAACAUGCUGUGCACAUACAUAUGUAAAUACACAGAUAUAUUUUUAAUCUAAAACACGCACAGACUUAGCAGGCAAUCUCCUCAUUAUCAUUGAUUUAGCUGUACCAGCUGUAAAUGUACAAAAGUUAUUCAGAUGACGAGCCAUUUUUCUUUUUUUUAUUUCAAGCCAGUAUAUAGACUUUUUGAUGUCCAGGCUGUCAUUUUAAAUCGCUUUAGUUUUUUAAUGAUUUUGUAUUUUUUUCAUGAAUACUGUGUAUUUCAUGGCAAGAAAUGACAUUUUAAUGCCACUGGUUGUCUAAAAUAACUAUUAAAAGAAUACAAUGUUGUAAAUUGUUCAUAGGAUUCUUAACCAACAGGAACAUAGACUGAAGAGAGCGAAAAAAUAAAAAAUCAAAAUGCUUCAGAACUAGUUUUUACAGACAAUUGUAAAAGGAAAGUAUUUCCAUACUUGUUUUGAAGUCUUACUAUCCACAUGCUUCCAGACCCCAUAUAUUUGUGAACCUAGAUAUGCAGUGUUUACAUGAAAGCUGUGACAUCACUUGAAUGUUUUGCUUGAAUCUGUUGUCCAAUGAUGUUUUAGUGUCUGUCUUAGGGUAGAUUUUAACAUUCAGGCACUGUAAGAAGUAAUGCUUGCCUGGCUUCAUCCGUUGCUGGUUUUGAAGGCCAUCGCAUAUAUUUUCAGACCAAAGUAGUGUUAGGUUGACUCACUUCAUGAUUAUGAUGUCAGAAAAUUACAACAUUUUAGUGUUGUCUGAAAAUAUCUGAAACCGCAUGCCAAGAUUUAGUUCUCCUGUGAAUGAAAGCAUUUUUGAUAGAUACUUGAUGUAAAAUGUCAAACUGAACUUGUACAGUUAAGAUAGGAAAACUCUGGGAUAGGUUUUUCAAUUAAUUUGUCCUGCAGAGAAGUCUUUUGUGAAGUGAAAUGAAUCACUGAUUGGUCUAGAUCACAUGCUCAAAGAUGUUCUUAGUCCACACAAGCAAAUCUUUUGGACUAUAAGGUUUGCUCACAUCGCUUCUCAGUGCUCAUUAAACCUUUUUUGUGCCCACUUACUGCACUGUAUUAUCAUAGAAUGUCUACGCAAUCUAUAACAUCCCCAUUGUGGAUGUUAUAGUUUGCAGAUGCUUUGACUUCAGAUGUUAUGCAACUUUGUGUAGAAUGUAAAUUUGUGUUACAGUAAAAGAACAUGUCCAUCCAUCAUUUACAAUGUCUGCAGGGGAUUGUUUUGCUUGAAUGCUUUAACUGAUUAACAGCGAAUGAGGGGAGUACCACACCUCACACAACUUUAUCCUAAUAUUAACAAUACAAGAGUACUGUAUUUGUUUAUAUUCAGUUUGUAUUGCCUCUGAAUCGACUGACUAUAUGUUGAGUAAAAAGAGAAACAAGUAGUUGUGGCAAAUGCAAAUAACCUAGAAUCCUCCGAAGCACCCAUUGUUUAAGUAAACGAAACAGGCAGUAUGUUGUAAGUGCCUCUAUGAGGCCCCUGUAGGCUUAACUUAAAGUUAAAUUUAACUAGCUAGACCUUUGAUGUAAUGCUUAGUAGGUCAGUGGUUUUUACUAAAUAUGUACAUAUCUGUAUCUACAUAUACAUUAAAGCCACAACCUAUGUAUGUAUACCAUAUGAGGGGAGGGCAAGAAAUUCCAUAACCACUGAUUCUGAUCUCAUAUGCAUGUAAAGUGAUGUUUGGCUUUCCCUAAAAAUCCUAAAAGUCCCAUGCACAAACUUGGUUUCCAGUUAUAAAUACAUACGUAUGUUUGCAUAUUUUUUUUAUUAUCUUUUGCUUUACUGUUAUCACAUGAUUAGGUUUUUUUUAAUCUAUGUAAUUAUCCAGUGACCUGUAAUGAUGGCUUGAAAGAAGGUUCAGAGUGUAAGUUCGGUAUUUGCUUUGAUAAGAACUGAUUUGACUACAUGUGCUUUAUGUUAAUCGAUAUAAACGUACAAUGAGUAUGAAUAUUUCAGUGAUCACGACUAAUGUAUCAAAAAACGUUUGAUAAAUGUGCAGCUUUGUGGGAAAAUAUGCAGAACUGUACUGUAAAAACCUUCUAGAAAGGAAGAGAAUGAAGCUGAACUUUGUGCUUUGAGAAGGGUGGAAGUGAAACUGUGAAUUCAGUUAAACGCCUGUGUGUGCCACUAUUGUGCAUAACAAGAUAGUUAGACUAACUUGUAGUGGCCAUUAAGUGGAUGAUGAGUGAAUAAAAUCUCAAAGUCUUGGAAAUAGCAGAAUAAAACAAACGAUGUCAAUCCCCAACAGGGGAAAAAUUAGGUAAACUGUUCCUUGAAUUUGCCCUAGGGAUCAGAUUUAUAACUAAUGUACAGAUUAAAAUAAUGCAUACACCACCCUUUAAACAAAUCAGGCAGUAAUAUUUACAUUUGUAAAGUGCUGGAGCAAUAUAAGAACAUAGGAAUAAUGUCAAAGACACCUGUAUUUGUUAUUUGUGUAAUGUUAAAGAUAUUUCUUGUUGUUUUAUUUUACUUAUUCCAUGUUUAUGGCUGCGUAGCUAUGUUGUGUGGAAAUGAGUGAAUAAGACAAAGACACAGUCAGAACUGCAUAUUUUGUCCCCAAAACAUCAGAUCCUAAAUGAGGCUGUCACAAUGUCAGAUUUGUCACAAUAACAAUAUUAUUGCGAUAUCUAUCAAAAUGAAAAAAAAAGAAAACAAAGCAAUAACGACGAAUCUCAUCCUCCUUCAACUUUGUGCACUGUGUAUUUUGUGUUUUUGUGUAUUUUUGGGCAAUACACAAAGUAUGAGUCUAAGGCUGUGGAAGAUGUCUGCAAACAUAACUGUACUAAAUUGAGGGAAAAGAUAUUAAAGUAUAAUUUAUGACCAGACAAAUAAUAUUGUUUUACUGUCCAAUAGUGGCUAAUGUAUUUAUAUUCAUA